CCUCUCUUUUGUCACAAGACAGUCCUAGACUGAACGGCGGACAUGUAAGACCUAUGUCACAGCCAGAAGCGACGUUUACUCUUUUUUAAAAUCACACAAAAUAAUUUGUAUCUUUCUGUCACCAAUCACCUUCGUUCUACUCUCUGCACUUUUUUUAAAAUCUCUGUUACAUAAUUCGGUCUUCAAGUCCGUCCGUCCACGUGUUAGAAUUUUGACACAUUUCAAAUUUCAACGGGUAUAAAUAACUGUUCUUAUUUACAAAUCGUUUUACUUUGGCUGAGUAAACAAUUGCAUUUAUUAGUCAGAUCGAAACAACUGUCUUCGAAGAUACAAAUCUUAAAAAUCACCGCGUAAAAACGAUUAGAAUCAUUAACAACCUAUAAGAAACUAUAACCUCCUGGACUAUUUGAAAAUUCAUGUGCCCUCAAAGUUAGAAAAUUUUCAAGUUCCACCACUUUCACCUACGUCGAAGAUUUCCUCACAUAUUCGUCGUCGCGUCACCGGGAAGAUAUUUGCGGCUGGAUUCCAGCAAAUUUGAUAUGGAUGUAGUAGACUCAAACAAUAACAGCAGAGACAUCGACGCAUGCGAAACGAGCACACAGCGUUUGAUAGCCGAAAGCGGUGGCCGAUGUAUGAGCACACAAGCGAUGCAAUCGCUCUAUGACUUUCGACAGAAUAAUCUUCUUUGCGAUGCUGUUCUAAGACUAGAAGAUGGAGGUGUUUUCCCCAUACACCGAGCGAUAUUGUCAGCUUGCAGCCCCUACUUCAGGACAUUGUUCACAACUACGUUACAUUCCCGCGAAAAGACCGAUGUUCUUCUGCCUGGCGUGAGCAGCAACAUGAUGAAUCUUCUCUUGGAAUACGCGUAUCUACGAUCAAUCAACGUGAAUAAGGAGAAUGUGUGUCAACUACUGGUCACCGCAGAUUAUCUGAACAUUUUAGGCGUUCUCGAUCUCUGCAGCGAGUUCCUUAAACAAAAUCUAGCGCCGGAGAAUUGUAUUUCCGUAAUGAGAUUCGCUCGAGAACAUUUCUGUAAAGGAUUGGAGAACAGCGCGUACCGUUACGUUAUGAGACACUUCGUACAGGUAGCUUCGCGAAGCGAUGAAAUCCUGAAUUUACCGAUCGAAGAGUUAACGACAUUGAUAGGCGCUGACGAAUUAAAUGUGAAAAAUGAAGACACCGUUUGGGAGCUGGUGUUGAAAUGGAUCGACCACGAUUCACAACACCGAAAGGGCUACAUAGCAGAUCUGAUGAAGAAUAUUCGCCUCGGUCUAUUGGACACCCAAUUCUUUCUCGAGAACGUGAAAGAUCAUCCGUACGUUACCGGAAACGAUGCUUGUCGGCCCAUCAUCAUCGAGACAUUAAAAUUUAUAUACGAUCUCGAAAUCAUCACACAAAAGGACAGGGAAGUGCCCACGCCGAAAAUCGCGAGGCCACGGGUGCCUCACGAGAUAUUGUUUGCCAUAGGUGGAUGGAGCGGUAGGACUGCUACAAAUUUUAUAGAGACCUACGAUACGAGGGCCGAUCGAUGGGUCAAGGUGGAAGAGGUGGAUCCUAACGGCUCUCGGUCGUACCAUGGAAUAGGGGUAGUCGGCUUUAAUAUCUAUGUGAUCGGUGGCUUCGACGGGACCAACUAUUUUAAUAGUUGUCGUUGCUUUAACGCUGCCACCAAAGUAUGGAGGGAAGUCGCUCCGAUGAACGCCCGAAGAUGUUACGUUAGCGUUGCUGUUCACAACGAUCUUAUUUAUGCGAUGGGAGGAUACGAUGGGUAUUAUCGACAAAAUACCGCGGAAAGAUAUAAUUACAAGACUAAUCAAUGGUCUUUAAUAGCACCCAUGAAUUGCCAUAGAUCAGAUGCGAGUGCAACUACUUUAAACGAUAAAAUUUACAUUACCGGUGGCUUCAAUGGAAACGAGUGUUUAAAUUCUGCUGAAAUGUACGACCCAGAGUGCAAUCAAUGGACGUUGAUAGCUUCGAUGAGAUCGCGCAGGAGCGGAGUUUCUUGUAUUUCUUAUCAUAACUGCGUAUACGUAAUCGGAGGUUUUAACGGAAUAUCUAGAAUGUCCAGUGGAGAGAAAUACAACACAUCCACGAAUAUUUGGAGCUCGAUUCCGGAUAUGUAUCACGCCCGCAGUAAUUUUGCGAUCGAAGUGAUCGACGACAUGAUUUUUGCGAUAGGAGGAUACAACAGCGUUACCACUAUCUAUCACGUCGAAUGUUACGAUGAAAAAACGAACGAAUGGUACGAAGCAACAGACAUGAACAUAUAUCGUUCGGGACUUUCAGCUUGCGUAAUCGUUGGGCUACCAAAUGUGAAUGAUUACAUUCACAAGCAUCGUGAACGCUUGAUGGAAGAAAAACGACAGAAAUUAUUGGCAUUAGAAGUGCCUCGUAAUCAGCAGCAACAUCAACAGGAUCAGGCACAACAGAAUCGCGAGAAUUUAGUAGUCGAUGAAAUUAUUCCAGCACCGUCUUCCAUGCCACGAAAUAAUAGAUCAAACAAUGGAAACCAACAAAACUGAAUUUUCAACGACUGGAUAAAUUAUGAAGGAAUAAUUAGAAAAUUGGACAGUUUAGCAAUUCGGUGGCAGCUGAAAGAGAACGACAAUGAAUGCUUAAAGAGAUUAAUCAAAAGGAAACGAAAUAUUCAAAAAAAUCUUUUCGAUUCAGGAAACAUGUCGAUUUGAAAGAAUUUUAACUGUUUUAUCAGAUAAUUUCAAGUAAUUUACCAAUUUUCAAGGAAGGAAAAUAAUAUUUAAAUAUCCACAAGUCUUCAAAUAACUGAAAAAUAUUUCUGAACACGGACUGAAAGUAAUAGAAGGAAUAUUCCGCACCAUAUAUAUCAUUCAAUCGAACACAUACUAACCCGUCCUUUAGAAAAUAAUUUCAGAUUUCUAAUUUACUUGAAUUUGUUAAACUGACCAUGUUUUUCUUUUUUUUUUACGAAACAUAUUUAUAUUGACAGUUUUUGUGACACAAUUUUGUAUGAUCUUUAUUGGAUUUAUGACUUUACAUAUGUGAACGAAUUUUGAACACAACUUAUAAUAAAAGCAAAAAAAAAACGAAAA